GAGCCGGCAGAUUAAGCGAAUUCAGGGGGACGCGAGAGCCCUGGCGGCGCGAUGAACGCCACCCACCAGCGCGGGAUGCACACUUCUCUGCACUUCUGGAACCGCAGCAGCCUGGGACCGCACCGCAACGCCAGUGAGUCCCUGGGAAAGGGCUACUCGGAUGGAGGGUGCUACGAGCAACUUUUUGUCUCUCCUGAGGUCUUUGUGACUCUGGGGGUCAUCAGUUUGCUGGAGAAUAUCCUAGUGAUUGUGGCAAUAGCCAAGAAUAAGAAUCUGCAUUCGCCCAUGUACUUUUUCAUCUGUAGCCUGGCUGUGGCUGAUAUGCUGGUGAGCGUUUCCAACGGAUCAGAAACCAUUGUCAUCACCCUAUUAAACAGUACAGACACUGACGCUCAGAGUUUCACAGUGAAUAUUGAUAAUGUCAUUGAUUCAGUGAUCUGUAGCUCCUUGCUUGCGUCAAUUUGCAGCCUGCUUUCAAUCGCAGUGGACAGGUAUUUUACUAUCUUUUACGCUCUCCAGUACCAUAAUAUCAUGACGGUUAAGCGGGUUGGGAUCAUCAUAAGUUGCAUCUGGGCAGCUUGCACCGUCUCGGGCGUUCUGUUCAUCAUUUACUCAGACAGCAGUGCUGUCAUCAUCUGCCUCAUCACCAUGUUCCUCACCAUGCUGGCUCUCAUGGCUUCUCUCUAUGUGCACAUGUUCCUCAUGGCCAGGCUUCACAUUAAGAGGAUCGCAGUCCUCCCGGGCACUGGCGCCAUCCGCCAAGGCGCCAACAUGAAGGGCGCCAUCACCCUGACCAUACUGAUCGGCGUCUUUGUCGUCUGCUGGGCCCCUUUCUUCCUCCACCUGAUCUUCUACAUCUCCUGUCCCCAGAACCCAUACUGUGUGUGCUUCAUGUCUCACUUUAACUUGUAUCUCAUCCUGAUCAUGUGUAACUCCGUCAUCGAUCCUCUGAUCUAUGCACUCCGCAGUCAAGAACUGAGGAAAACCUUCAAAGAGAUCAUCUGUUGCUAUCCCCUCGGAGGCCUCUGUGACUUGUCCAGCAGGUAUUAAGUGGG